CUUCUUGCGUCGGUGGCUCCUUCCUGCUGCACGGGCAUGUUUUACGACAUGGGACGGAGCCUCUGGGUGACCCGCACCACCUGAGGAUCCCGGAAGCCGCCCCCGCGAUGGAAGAGGACCAGGAACUGGAAAGAAAAAUAUCUGGAUUGAAGACCUCAAUGGCUGAAGGCGAAAGGAAGACAGCCCUGGAAAUGGUCCAGGCGGCUGGAACAGAUAGACACUGUGUGACAUUUGUAUUGCACGAGGAGGACCAUACCCUAGGAAAUUCUCUCCGUUACAUGAUCAUGAAGAACCCGGAAGUGGAAUUUUGUGGUUAUACUACCACACAUCCUUCAGAGAGCAAAAUUAAUUUACGCAUUCAGACUCGAGGUGCUCUUCCAGCUGUUGAGCCAUUUCAGAGAGGCCUGAAUGAGCUCAUGAAUGUCUGCCAACAUGUGCUUGACAAGUUUGAGGCCAGCAUUAAGGAAUAUAAGGAUCAGAAUGCAAGCAGAAAUGAAGCCACAUUUUAGUCCUUCUACAUGCAUGUCUAGGCCUCUUAAAAUAUUUUGUUCGUGGUCUCAAAAUCCAAGAGUAGAAGUUUGAGAUUGCGACGUAAUCUGUUUUUCAGAAGAGCUGUGUCUUGUAGUUAUUGACCACAUUACAGCUAUUGGAAUCCCUGCAAGAAGCUUUGUAUUUUUCUAAUAAAUGCCCUCUUUUAUUUAAAUUAA